AUGUGUGGAAUCAUUGGUGCUAUUCUGUCUGACCAUCAACAGUUGGUUAACUCUGAGAUAUAUGAAUGUCUGGGUUUGUUGCAGCAUCGUGGUCAGGAUGCUGCAGGAAUCAUCACCUGCAACAACAAGGGCAGACUAUAUCAAUGCAAAUCCAAUGGCAUGGUACGAGAUGUUUUUGUUCCAUCUCAACUAACUGGUUUGCUUGGACAUAUGGGUGUAGGACAUGUGAGAUACCCAACCGUUGGUUCAUCGUCAAAUUCUGAAGCACAGCCAUUCUACGUCAACAGUCCCUAUGGCCUUGUUCUUUCUCAUAAUGGCAAUCUUACAAACGCCGACGAGUUACGUGUAUUCCUUGAUCAAGAUGCUCACCGCCAUGUCAAUACCAACUCGGACUCUGAGCUACUUAUUAAUAUUCUCGCCAACAACUUGCAGCAAACGGGAAAGUUCAGAACAAACGAAGAAGAUAUUUUUACUGCUAUUACUAAGCUUUAUGAGCAAUGUCGUGGUGGAUAUGCUUGCAUUGCCAUGAUUGCUGGGUUUGGUUUAAUUGGUUUUCGAGAUCCCAAUGGAAUUCGCCCGCUCAUUUAUGGUGAACGUGUCUCUGCAGACGGCAAGGGAAAAGACUACAUGAUUGCAUCUGAAAGUGUCUGCCUUGAAGCUCUUGGCUAUUCCAACUUUCAAGACGUGAAACCUGGCGAAUCAGUCAUUUUUACUCCCAAUACCAUCAGUCGUCGACAAUGCAUUGAGCCAAGACUUUUCACGCCAUGCAUCUUUGAAUAUGUGUACUUUGCUCGUCCAGAUUCAGUUAUGGAUGGCAUUUCUGUUUACAAGGCGCGUUUAGCUAUGGGCGAAGCUCUUGCCAACGCUGUUGUAGAAAAGCUUGGAAAAGAUAUGGAUAUCGAUGUUGUCAUUCCAGUUCCUGAUACCAGUCGAACGUCUGCUCUGCAAGUAUCAUACAAACUCGGCAAACUAUACAGAGAAGGAUUUAUCAAGAAUAGAUACAUUGGUCGUACAUUCAUUAUGCCUGAUCAGCAACUUCGUGUUAAAUCUGUGCGUCGCAAGCUCAAUCCCAUGCCCAUGGAGUUUGCUGGAAAAAGUGUAUUGAUUGUUGAUGAUACAAUUGUACGUGGCACAACUUCACGCGAGAUUGUUCAAAUGGCAAGAGAGGCAGGUGCUCGUAAAGUGUAUUUUGCUUCUUGUGCACCAGCAAUUAGAUUUCAGAACGUGUAUGGUAUUGAUAUGCCUACACGAUCGGAACUUAUUGCUUUUGGAAAAAAAGAUGAUGAAGUUGCAGACGCCAUUGGUGCAGACUGUGUGAUUUUCCAGAAUCUGGAGGACCUGAUCGAAUCUGUAGCCAAAUUUAACACUAAUAUCACCACGUUUGAUGUAUCUGUAUUCAAUGGUAACUAUGUUACUGGAGAUAUCGACACAUCGUAUAUGAUGCACCUUGAGCAACAACGCAGCGAAUUGACCAAGAGUGACAGGAUG